AUGGGGACUUGGAGGUUCAAUAGCAUUUGUUUCUUGGUGUUCUGUGCAAGUCUUCUCAUCCCGGCAGGCAGCCACAGUUACUCUGAUGUUGCCUUGUUUAUCUUUGGAGAUUCGUUGUAUGAUGUUGGGAACAAUAAUUAUCUCAAGGAUGCUCUUGGCCGGGUAAAUAUGAUGCCAUAUGGAGAGACUUUUUUUAAGCAUCCUACAGGAAGGGCUUCUGAUGGUCGAUUAAUUCCAGAUUUUAUUGCUGAGUUUGCAAAGCUGCCAUUAAUUCCACCAUAUUUACAACCCGGUGGCAACCAUCAGUUCCAAAAUGGAGUGAACUUUGCAUCAGGAGGAGCUGGUGCUCUUGUUGAAACUAAUCAAGGACAGGUGAUAGACCUUAAAACUCAACUGAAGGAUUUCAAGAAUAUGGCGAAGCAGCUAAGACAAAAACUAGGAGCUUCAGAAGUUAAAACAUUGUUAUCCACAGCUGUUUACAUGUUCAGCAUUGGUAGUAAUGACUACUUUGUACCUUUCGCCACAAACUCCACUGUGCUUCAAUCGUACUCUAGAAAAGAGUAUGUCAAGAUGGUUAUUGGCAAUAUAACAACAGUGAUCCAAGAAAUUUAUAAGACUGGAGGAAGGAAAUUUGGACUAUCAAACUUGGCUGCGUUAGGUUGUGUACCGGCCAUGAGAGCUCUAAAAUUGGCCACCACAGGUGGCUCCGGUUGCAUGGAUGAAGCUACGGUGCUUGCAAAACUACACAAUAGAGCAAUCCCUAAAGCUUUCAAGGAGCUUGAGAACCAACUAAAAGGAUUUACAUAUUCAAUUUUUGAUUCAUACAAAGUAGCAAAUGAAAUAUUCAAUAACCCUUCAAAAUAUGGUUUCAAAGAGGUGAAAAUGGCAUGUUGUGGCAGUGGUCCUUACAGAGGCUCCUUUACUUGUGGCCUGAAAGGAUACGAAUUGUGUGAUGAUGUUAGCGAAUAUCUGUUCUUCGAUGCAGUUCAUCCAACCGAGAAGGCCAACCAUCAAAUCGCAGAGCUUAUGUGGAAUGGAAAAUGUUUCUGGUCGAACAAAUAUGGUGCCAUAUGGAGAGACUUUUUUAAGCAUCCUACAGGAAGGGCUUCUGAUGGUCGAUUAAUUCCAGAUUUUAUUGCUGAGUUUGCAAAGCUGCCAUUAAUUCCGCCAUAUUUACAACCCGGCGACUACCAUCAAUUCAGCAAUGGAGUGAACUUUGCAUCAGGAGGAGCUGGUGCUCUUGUUGAAACUCAUCAAGGACGUGUGAUGGACCUUAAAACUCAACUAAGCAAUUUCAAGAAUAUGGAGAAGCAGCUAAAGCAAAAACUAGGAGCUUCAGAAGUUAAGACAUUUUUAUCCACAGCUGUGUACAUAUUCAGCAUUGGAAGUAAUGACUACCUUGUACCUUUCACCGAAAACUCCACUGUUCUUCAAUCCUACUCUAGAGAAGAGUAUGUGAAGAUGGUUAUCGGCAAUAUAACAACCGUGAUCCAAGAAAUAUAUAAGAUUGGGGGAAGGAAAUUUGGACUAUUAAAUUUGGCUGCGUUUGGUUGUAUACCGUCCCUGAGAGCUCUUAAAUUGGCCACAGCAGGAGGCUCCGGCUGCAUGGAUGAAGUUACGGUGCUUGCAAAACUACACAAUAGAGCAUUCCCUAAAGCUGUCAUGGAGCUUGAGAGUCAACUAAAAGGAUUUACGUAUUCAAUUUUCGAUUUCUACACAGCAGUAAAUGAAAGAUUGAAUAACCCUUCAAAAUAUGGUUUCAAAGAGGUGAAAAUGGCAUGUUGUGGCAGUGGUCCAUACAGAGCCUCUGGUUGCGGCCUGAAAGGAUACCUAUUGUGUGACGAUGUUAGCGAAUAUCUCUUCUUUGAUGCAGUUCAUCCAACCGAGAAGGCUAACUAUCAAUUCGCAGAGCUAAUGUGGAAUGGAAGUACUAAAAUCAUCAAACCUUACAACCUUAAAUCACUGUUUGAGAAAUAG